AAUAACUCAUUCGCUUUGUCUUUCUCCCCCUCGCAGUCUCUCUCUCUCUCACAGAAUCAAGAAGCCACGAAGCCAUUAAUUCCUUCAUUAAUGGCUGACGAAGAUAACACUCAAAGUGAUCAAGAAAUGCAGGAUCUUUCAUCAAUAGCUGACGAAGAUAACACUCAAACUGGUCAAGAAAUUCAGAGUCUUGUUAUGAAACUGGAUGAGCACUAUGCAAACUUAGAACAAAAGAGGCAGGUUUUUGAGAAUUCAAUUGGGUCAGAAAUCGAAGUCCUCAACAAAGAUCAAAAUGAAGCCAGGAAACUAAGGCACAGUCUUCUUUAUGGAUCUGAUGAUAUAAGCAGCAAUCUUGAAGCUGCAAGCCAGAACAUCGCUAAUGUGAAGCAAUGGCUGAAUGAGAACACACUGGACAGCGAGGACGAAGAAGAUCAGGGCAAUAAUUUCUCUGUGCUUAUUGUUGAUGACGAUCGUACUAUUCGAGAAACCAAUCGGAGAUUCAUGGCGUUAGCCGGGACACAAAAGCAGCUAAGAAUGGAAUUUCAAGAGGCAAAGAAUGGGAAAGAAGCUGUAUAUCUUCAUCUUGCUGGGGCUUCUUUUGAUCUCAUUCUUAUGGACAAUCAAAUGCCCAUCAUGACUGGAAUUCAGGCAACACAGCUGUUACGCAAGAUGGGUGUUAAGAGUCGGAUUGUAGGUGUGACUUCUGAGCCCGACCGACAAGCUUUCAUCGAUGCUGGCCUCAACAACUGCAUUCAAAAGCCACUGAACCCUGGAAAGAUCACUGAAUUCCUCACUGUUUCCAAAAAGCGAAGAAGGACCGAUAUAUCACAAGCUUGAAAGUUUCUGGGUUUCCUUGGUCUCUGCUAGUUUUUUUUUUCUUUUUCCCCAAGGUCCUUUGAUGUAGAGAUGAACUCUAUGAAUAAAGUUUCUGACUCGCUAGUUAUUCUAAGAAGAUAAAUAAAUAGUUGCGAGAACUAAUAAUCGCUGCGCUUCAAGCUGAAUAUUAAGGAAGUGUUGCUUGCAUAGCUUGGUGAAUGGAAUUGAGGCCAGAAGUGGUAGAAAUUGUUAGAACUUCUUUCACGUUUUUGUUCUGAUGUUGAUCAUUCAGCUUCUUAAUUGGUCAUUACAAGAUUAGAUUUAGCUUCUUAAUUUGUUUUUACUGUAUUUGAUAUGGACGAAUGUGAUGGGCUACAGAUUACUGCAUGCCUCCUGAGAUUGAAUUUUUCUCAGGUGCUUUGGUUGAUUGAAACCACAUUUGCUCUA